AAACAAAAAUUCGGCUCGUUCAGCGGUAGUUGAGCGACGACCGCGCCGGGGUCAACAGCGUUGCGGCGCGUCUCCUCGCGCACUCCGAUAAUCAUGAAAUAAAUUAGCGUCAAAUGUUUAUGUAGUAUUUAUAACAUACGCGUGUCAGCUGGGUGAAUCGUCAUGCAGCGACGAGCGCUACGGUUCGCGAUUGAACGAAUCCGCGAGUGCUUGCAAUGUUAACUCGAUGUCAAUGUGUUUAGAGUACAAUGUUCAUUUGAUCAGCCGGUAUUCAUGGGAAAAGCCCGAGUUACAAGAAACAGCCGAGUUAUUCAUAUAAAAGUGCGCGCAGAAGCCGAAAUUUAGCGCGUGCGCAACAAUUAGAAGAAUAUAUUAAUUAAAACCAGAUUUCUAUGUCAAAAUUAUCCGACGCUUCUGAAGAGUUUAAUAAUGCAAGAGAAAAUUCUACGAACUCACCAAAUUCACACGACGAAUGUGAAACUCCAUUUCUUGCGUCCACGUCAAACCAAAUUCAAAAACAAAAAACGAAAAUGCAGCGCCCACUGGUAAUGCAGGGCAAACACGACUUAAACGCUAUAGGUUAUGUUAAUGAAAUGCAUAAUGUCGCUCCACAUCUACUCACGUAUCCAGAAAACGAAAUUCUUGAAGAAAUCGAUGAUUUCGAUAAACGUUUGGACAAAGAAGACGCCAACGUUGUGUUUGUCAAUGGUAAUCAUUCCAAUGACAGCGAUGUCGUGCAGGAGGCGUUGUUUUACAACCGGAAACAGUACCUGAACCCGGACAUAGCCGCCAUGUCGGUUUUAAGUCUUGUAGAGAAAGAGGACGAUUUGGAAAACAAGAUGGAUACAAAUCAGGACUUUGAAUCUCCCAGUGUUCCAGUACCAGUGCAAAACAUCAAAAUGCAUGAAUUAGUGGAUAAUGUUCAAGAAUCUCUCUCACAUUCAUCGCCUGGUAAAUCUCUGGAUAGAGAUGACAGUGAAUGUGGGUGCAUUGCACAAGCGAAGUGUCCGAAACCGUCGAUUUACUUCAAUGACGGUAUUCGUUCGGUUGAUUUUAUAUUGGUAUGGGACCAACAGGAAAUUCAAGCCAUAUCACAGGCGGCUUUCGCGCGUCGAAGUUGUUUCGAAGCCAAUUUGAUCAAAGAGGGGUUAGAAUUAGAGUAUGAGCCGCCCGAAAAGAGUGGAUUGUGUUUCAUCAAGGUUCACGCACCUAGAGAAGUACUGCGAAGGUACAGCGAAAUUUUAAAACUUCGAAUGCCGAUGAAAGAGGAGUUGUGCAUGUUACCAAGGGAGUUUCGAAAUAGAAGGUUUUAUAAUGCAGCCAAUUAUUUGCGCACAAAGAUUUUGGGGCAAGAGUUAACGCAUCGCGGUAAUUUUAUCAUUGAUGGCUUUCGUACCCAAUGGGAAAAAGUGAAAGAUUGGGUGCUUGUUGAUAAAGAGCACUUUCCCGAAAAAGGACAUCGAUUUACUGCCAUUUACAGUCGUGAUAGAGAAUAUCUAUUUGAUGUUGACUCGCCAUGUUUCUUCACACCAGCCAUACACUCGCGAAUUGUGCAGUUUAUCCUGGAUCGUCAAAUGUUCAGCAAAACAAACGACGAUUUUGCAUUCGGCAUCGAAAGACUGUUAAACGAAAACACUUACACUGCUGUUUAUCCACUACACGACGGUGAUUAUCGUCUACCAGGAUCAAUGCGUAACCUACUCUACACCGAAUGGGCCGCAAUUCGCAAAUGGUACCGCUACCAACCCCUGGAUUACGUCCGCGAAUAUUUCGGUGUUAAAAUAGCGUUGUAUUUCGCCUGGCUUGGAUUCUACACGCAUAUGCUUAUCCCAGCCGCCGUUGUUGGUCUCGCCUGUUUUGUCUACUCUUGGGCCACACUCUACAGCAACAAGCCAUCCGAGGACAUCUGUAACUCUACGAUCAAAAUGUGUCCACUGUGUGACCACUGGUGUGACUACUGGGAUCUCAAAGAGACGUGCGUUCAUGCUAGAAUUACCUAUUUGUUUGAUAAUUCCACAACGGUCUUCUUCGCCAUAUUUAUGUCCUUUUGGGCGACGUUGUUUCUUGAACUUUGGAAGCGUUACUCAGCAGAAAUAACGCACAGGUGGGAUUUGACUGGCUUUGAUAUUCAGGAGGAACAUCCACGUCCACAAUAUUUAGCAAGAUUGUCUCAUGUAAAGCGGAGGCAAAUGAAUGUUGUUACCAACACAAUGGAGCCAUAUGUACCUUUCUGGCGGAUGAAGUUCCCGGCGACUAUUCUAAGUUUUUCCGUUGUGAUAUUAUUGGUUGCGAUGGCUUUGGCGACUGUGGUGGCUGUGGUAUUGUAUCGCAUGUCGGUACUUACAGCGUUGAGAGUUUAUGGUGACCGCGUGACCACUAGCUCCGCCAUUUUGUUUACUACCUCAACCGCAGCCAGCAUCAACUUGUGUUGUAUCAUUGUCUUCAAUUGGCUGUACACUUAUGUUGCGGAAUAUUUAACGGAAUUGGAAUUGCUACGCACGCAAACUGAGUUUGACGAUUCUCUAACCUUAAAGAUAUAUUUAUUGCAAUUUGUUAAUUAUUACGCGUCGAUUUUUUACAUUGCAUUCUUCAAAGGGAAGUUGAUUGGUUCGCCGAGGAGGUAUAAUCGACUAUUCGGAUAUCGACAAGAAGAAUGUGGUCCGGGUGGAUGUUUAAUGGAGUUGUGUAUUCAACUUGCAAUUAUAAUGAUUGGCAAACAAGCGAUGAAUACUGUCCUAGAAAUGUUAUUUCCGCUGUUUUACAAAUGGCUGAACACUGUCAAGGUAAAAACCGGCUUGCAGAAGGAUGAGAGCUCGAAAAAGGGCACACAGCCUCAAUGGGUGAGGGAUUUCAAAUUGGUCGAAUGGGGACCACGGAGUUUAUUCCCGGAAUACUUAGAAAUGGUGUUACAGUAUGGAUUCGUUACCAUUUUCGUAGCUGCAUUCCCCCUGGCGCCAUUUUUUGCACUUCUGAAUAACAUCUUAGAAAUGAGGUUAGAUGCGCAGAAAAUUUUGACUUUUCACCGACGUCCUGUUACACAACGUGUGCGUGAUAUAGGUGUUUGGUAUCGCAUACUCGAUUCGAUUGGUAAACUAUCAGUGGUUACAAAUGGAUUCAUCAUAGCAUUCACAUCGGAUUUCAUCCCUCGUUUGGUUUAUCGUCUCGCAGUAAGCGAUGAUUACUCCUUGAACGGAUAUUUAAACAACACGUUAUCAUACUUUAAUACGUCGGACUUCCAAGUGGCGUCAGUGCCUAGGCAUUCAGUAUUCAACGAAACAAUCUGCAGAUAUCCUGAUUACAGAGAACCACCUGGACAUGAACAUAGCUAUGAUUUGAAUGCAAUGUUCUGGCAUAUCCUAGCUGCGCGAUUGGCAUUUGUUGUUGUUUUUGAGAACGUGGUCGCAAUUGUAAUGAUUAUGGUACGUUGGUGUAUUCCGGAUGUCCCGAAGGACCUACGAGCGCAAAUACGAAGGGAAGUUUUCAUCACGAACGAGAUUAUUAUUAAACAGGAGACUUUACGUGCGCAAAGUGGUGAUAGUGUCUUGAGGAAAGAACGCGCAACAAUUCUAAAGUCCUGCCCAUCCUCGCAAGCACAAUGGGAUAGAUUUGUAAGUAAAUCACUCACGGAGGCCGAAUUUGACCUUAUGAUGCACGAGAAUUUAACGCCCGUUGACAACUCAGGUAUAAUAAAACCUCCAACGUCUGUUUAAUCACAUUAGGUUAUGUUUACUACUCCAAUUAGGUUAACUUUAGCUCGCGAUUCUAGUCAUGAGAAACAAGGGAAAAUCUCAAUUAAUCUAAGUUCCGACUGAUUUUAUCCAUUAUUUUUGACAGAGUGAGAUACUACUGAAUGUUUAAAACUUGACCAAAGCGUAUAUUACAUUUAUAAGUGUUUUUUAAAACUCUUUAGAUGUUUAUAAACGUGUUACGGAUGAAAUGAACUAUUAUAAAGUUACUUAUCUUGAAUAUUUAGAUGUGUAUAGGAAUGUGCAUCGUGCCUUUUGUUAAAAAAUGAAAAAUGUUUAGCAUUUGUCUUAUGAAAAGUAUAAGUAUAUGUUUGGUUGCCUACAUUUUAGUGAUUCGCAAGUCGCCAUUUUGAAUGUGAUAAAAUAUGUAAGCCUCAUUAUCAGUAAAUCUUAAAUCUAUAUAUAUUUAAAUAACAAA